AUGGCUGACACAAAGAGCUCGGCCGGGGGCAUAAGCCCCAUCGAGCGCGUCAACAGAGCCGACUCGGCGGGCACUUAUCUCUCCGGGGAAAAAGACGCCAUCGACCAAACGUCCCACGAUAAACCGACUGCAGAGGAGCUGGUCACCCUCCGCCGCGUGGCCUCCAAGAUCCCUCUCGACAUCUAUUCCAUAGCCUUCAUCCAGCUUUGCGAGCGUUUCUCAUGGUACGGAACCGUCAUCGUCUAUACCAACUUCAUUCAAAUGCCCAUGCCCGAGGGCUCCACAACAGGUGCGCCUCUCACGCGGGACGGCCAACCGGGUGUCCUGGGCAUGGGCCAACAAGCCUCAACCUCUAUAACGCUGAUGAAUAAUGCCUUCGGCGCCUGCACGCCGCUCCUCGGCGCCUACAUCGCGGACCAGCACCUCGGUCGAUAUAAAACCAUCUGCGGGGCGCUGGUGAUCGCCGUCUUGGGCCAUCUGGUACUCGUCAUAGCAGCCUCCCCGCCCGUGCUGGCCCAGGGACGCUCAAACGCGCUUGGCGCUCUCAUCACCGGUAUGCUCACCGCCAGUUUCGGCGCCGGAGGUUUCCUGCCAAAUAUCAGCCCUAUGAUCGCCGAGCAGAUCGACACAGACAAGGGUCCUCGAGUCAUAGUCCUGCCCAAGACGGGCGAACGCGUCAUCGAGGAUCCUGCCGUCACCAUCAACCGUGUCUACAACUGGUUCUACCUCUUCAUCAACAUCGGCGCCUUGGUGGGCCAGAUAAGCAUGGUGUACGCCGAGGCAUACGUCGGGUUCUGGCUGUCAUUCCUGCUACCGGCCAUCAUACUCUGCUUCUGCCCCUCCAUCAUGUGGUGGGGUCACAAGCGCUUCAAGACCAGAAAGCCCGCAGGGAGCGCAUUGAGCAAGGCCUUGAGGACCUUUUUGUUGGCCAACAAGGGGCGAUGGCAUAUCCUGCCGUGGGUCACAUAUCAUAGGCUCAACGACGGUACGUUUUGGGAAAACGUCAAGCCGAGCAAGUUUGCGCCUGGUACGAAGCCCAAGUGGAUGACAUUUGAUGAUGCCUGGGUUGAUGAGCUCCGCCGCGGGUUUGCUGCUUGCCAGGUUUUCCUUUGGUUUCCAAUUUACUGGCUGUCUUAUGGCCAGCUCAACAACAAUCUGAUCUCACAGGCCGCUACCAUGAAGCUCGAUGGCGUUCCAAACGACCUGCUAACAAACCUGGAUCCGAUAACCUUGAUAAUCUUGAUCCCCAUCUUCGACUUUAUCAUAUAUCCUUUCCUCCGCAAGCACAAAAUCAACUUCACGCCCAUCAAGAAGAUCACCGCCGGCUUCCUAACAGGUGGCGCGGCCAUGAUCUGGGCGGCCGUGGUGCAGAACCGCAUCUACAGCAUCUCCGAAUGCGGAACCAUGGCUUCAGGCACGACAGCCACCGGAGAACAGUGCCCACCCGUCGACCUGUCCGUGUGGGCCCAGACGGGCUCGUACGUGCUGAUCGCCGUGUCGGAGAUCCUGGCCUCCAUCACGUCGCUUGAGUAUGCCUUUAGCAAGGCGCCCAAGAACAUGCGAUCCACAGUCCAGGCAAUCUCCAUGUUCACGACGGCCAUCAGCAGCGCCCUGGCCGCGGCGUUUGUGCCGCUGAGCACCGACCCGUUGCUGGUGUGGAAUUACGGGAGCACGGCUGUCAUCGCCUUUGUUGGUGGCGCCUUGUUCUGGUGGAUCUUUAGGGGGUUGGAUACCGAGGAGGAAGAGCUCAACGAGCUGCCUGAGGGCAAGUUGUUUGCCGACAGCGAUGAAGAGCGAUAA